AUGCAAUAUAAAGUUAUUAUCGACUAUGGCUCUAUUGUGAGACCAGCAGUGCCGGGUUUAAUGGGUGUAAGUACGGAAUUUGUUCAAUUACAUCCACAUAAUCCACUUUAUCGUUACGUAGCAAAUGAUCCAUAUUUUCAUCGUUCUAGUUCAUUAUUUCGUUCAUCAGUUUGUUGCCAGAAGCAUUAUCAUAUUUAUAAAUAUUUUAAACGUAACAGUUCAACAAACAGUAAUACCAAUUCAUCAUCAUCAACGCCAAUAUGUUUUCGUGAUUUAAUUGUACGGUUUUUACGUACAAAUUUACCACGUACAGCUGUCAAUAAUCCAAAUCAAUCACAUUGGAUAUGCUCAGAUUGUUCCCGUACACUAUUAGAUAUAGAACAUUGUACAAGAUAUAUACGUCAACAAAUAAAUGAAUUAAAAACAAAAUUAAAAAAAUCAAAUCGCUUAUUAACAUCUUCCAUAUCGGUUACAUUUCAACAAAAACUACAGCGCACAAAGAUUAAAAGUGUUGGACAACAGCAAUCACAAAUAAAUAGCAGUACUAAACCGAAAACUACAGCCGAUUAUAACAAAAAAAUUGAAAAUAAUCAUUCAAACAGAAAUCAUUGUAAUGAAACUGAAGACGAGAUCGAGGACGAAGAAGAUGACGAGGAUAUCGAAGAUGAGAUCGAUGAAGACGAAUUAGAAGAUGAAGAAGAAAGUAACGGAUAUGUUGAACGACCGAGACCGUUGUUAUUUAAUAAUCAUGUUGAUGAAAGACUUAUUAGUUCAUUACAUUUGUCACUCACAUCAUCAUUAUCAACAACAGCAACUUCUUCGUCUCCGUCACAUUGUAAAACAAAUUGCAAUUGUAAAGAAGAACCGAUAAUUUUGCAUGAAGAACAACAAAGCAAUAUUCUUCGAAUAGAAACUCCACCCCCAACUGCAGGUGGACUUGUCAAUAACAAUGCAUCAGCAUCCUCUUCAUCUACCGGGCCGGCACGUCUUUUAACCAUUGCAUCAGCACAAUCUAAUAGUAAAACAGAUGAAAUUGCUAGUUGUACAAUGAAUUUAUUGGAUGAAACAGCAAAUAACAGUAAUGACGACGCAAUUAAUAACACUAUUACCAAUAACAAUCAAUUAUCAUCGAUACAUUUGGCACAGAUGAUGCAUGAUACCGGAUCUCAAUUAACUGAUACAACCCCAACAGUCGAAUCAAUAUUAACGAAUUUGCCAGAUGCUUUUGUGGCUAAUAUACAAAGAAAUAUAUUAUUUAAAAUUCUUACCGAUCCAUUUGCCGCCACAUUUGCUGCACAAUAUUAUCAACAACAACAGCGAAUGUCAGUUUUAUCACCUAAAACUAGUACUACAAGUGUACCGAUAUCACCAAUCGUUACACAUAAUAUUGAUCUUGGUAAUGCUCCACUGCCGUCUACAUCUGCAAUAACAACUACGAAUACAGCCAACAAUUUGAAUUCUGUUCAACAAGUUAUUGAACAACGUCAAGGACGAAAACGAAAAUCACGUCCAAUUAAAAAUCAGAAAUUUUUUGACCUGAUGGAUAAUAACACUAAAAAUCUCAAUAGCAAUAGUCUUCAACAACAUCGCAAUAGCACUGGCAAUAUAUCACCUAUCGAUGAUGUACAUAAUCAUCAAAAUCAAAUUGAUUUAUUUUUGGGAGAGCAUUCAACUGAAACAAUCACAAGUGUCACACCAAUAACACUUGACGUAUCAGCUACUGUAGCCGAUAAUAAUGGUGAAAUCGAAAAUAAGUCGCAUAAAAAUGAUACACCACCACAACGAACAGCUAUCAUAUCAGCGACUGAACGAUCCCAGUUGCUGCAACAUCAGACAAUUUCAUUAAAUUCGAUGAUGAACAUGACGAAUAAUAAACAUGAUAAACCAAUUGAAUUAACAGUGAAAAAUAAUAAUCAUUCAAGUAUUCAACAAGUGGCAUUAUCGCCGUCAAAAUGUAUCACGACAACUGAUGUGCAUAAUUUAGUUAUGAAAUCGUCAUCUGAAAAUAAUGUUAAUAAAUUUCUUGGUUUUAUGAUUCCAAAUAAUGAAAAAGAGCAUAACGAUGAUCUUAGUGAUAAAGCAACGAAUGAUUCUUCAGGAAAAUUUCCCUCUACUACUUCUUCACCAUCAUUAUCUCAACGUCCAUCUAAGCGAGCUCGACCAUCAAUAUCUGGUCAAAGUACUGGCGUUUCAAAUAAAAGCAAUCGAUUGGAUUAUACGAAUAACAGUGAUUCUGGAGCAGCAUUUGUCGAACCUUUAAUAUCAACAGCACAAAUUAAAACCGAAAAACACCGACAUUCGUUAACAAAUGAAAGUUUGUCUCCAAAUAGCAAUGAUAACAAUAGUGCAGCAAAUCGUCAACAACGUAAACUCGAUCCGCGCCCUUGCGCUGAAUGUGGAAAAGUAUUGUUCAAUGAUAAACAACAUCUUUUACAUUGUCAGAGUCAUGCAAAAAAUGAUAAACAAUGUUGGAUUUGCGGUUCAUUAGAUAUUGAUAUGAAAAAACAUAUUGCUACCAUACAUGGAAAUCAAAAAUUUACAAAUACCGGUUUUCAAUGUCAACAUUGUGACAAAGUAUUUCCUAUAUUUGCUGAUCUCGAUUUACAUUUGCGAGAACAUAGCAAGAAAAAGCCGUUUGAAUGCCCCAUCUGUUCGAAACGAUUUGGACAACAAGGAAAUUUAAGUUGUCAUUUACGAAUUCAUACUGGUGUCAAACCAUUCAAUUGUAAUAAUUGUGGAAAAGCGUUUCGUCAUUCGAAUAGCCUUCGACGCCAUUCUCGCACUGUUCAUUCGGCAACACGUGGUUUAACAGGUAAUCCAUCACCGCUGCUUAUAUCAUCUUCGUCUGCUGAUCCAACAACAUCGCAAAACCAUACAAUUUCAGCACUUAAUAGACGUCGCAGUAGUAGUAGUAGUAAAAAUACAAAUAUCCUUGAAUUAUCACAUCAGCGUUUAUCAACAGGUAUCAAUGCUAGCUUAUCGCCUCCGUUACCAGCCGAUCCUAUGUCCGAUGUGGAAACAACAUCAUCUUCAACUGGAAUACCCUCACCUGGCGUACUUGAUUCAUCAUCAUCAUCGGUACUAAAUACGAAUGAAAAAAGUGAUGUUGUAGGAUACACGGACUAA